CCAGUCGGAAUAUGGAAUACAAAAUAUUCCGAAAUAAAGUACAUCGAGUGUGUACGAAACUGUGGUCAGUAAGUUAAGGGACAAAACUACAAAAAUAGGCAUAAAGGGCCCAUUACUCCGUGAAGAAGCUGUGUCUCCGAGCAUUAAUGAGUUUGGGACCAAGAAGCCAAGAUGAUUCCUUUGUCAUCUAUUUGCAGACUGCAAAAUUUUUGCCAACUGCGUUCUAUAAUUUCCAGAGGUAUCCAUUUACAAAGGAAACUUGGACUACAUAAGACUUGUGCUGCACAAUGUACACCCCAGUGGACACGAUGUGUGUCUGUAGUGUGUUUCAAUUCUCAACAGAAGGUCUGUUGUCUGAACUUGAGACCAGUUCGUUCUUUCUCAACAGAUCCAGAUUCAAAAAUGGUGCACAUUCUAGAUUCUAAUAACGAACUUGUACAGAAAAUGACACUAAAAAGGGCACAUAUCAUGGCACAAAAGGAAGGAAUGAAAUUGUUUCAUGUUCGGAAAGAGAGGUUACAAGAGGCGCAUGUUGAUGAAUACAAACUUUUAUCAGAAGUUGAUAUAAAAAAAGCAAUUUUAAAAGAUAAAGAUCAGCACAGAGAGAAAUUUAAAGAAUAUAAUAUUAGUGUUAACAUUCAUGAUAGAGACCUUACACUGAAACUAAAGCUUAUGAAAAGGAAUCUCCUUAAAGGGUCUCGUGUGAAACUAGUGUUGUCUUCACAAGGAUAUUCUAAGAAGCCAGUCAGACAGCACUCCAUGGAAGGGAAAGUGAAGGCUGAUGCUGAACAAGUCAUUGCUACAUGUCUGGAGGAGUUAAAGGACACCGCGAGGGUGACCAGUGUCACAAAGGGCAACAAGGUAUAUGUGUAUGAAUUCAAGGCCUUUGACAGCAUUAACAAUCCUCAGAAAUAGUGUGUUAUAAUGUGUUACUGUCACUGUGCCCGCUACACAGCUAUUUGAACUGUGAGGUCCUGGAAGUAGGAGUGAAUACAAGAGUUACUUCAGUGGAACAUUAUUAGGUAACCAUUGAGGAUUACAUUGACAUUCUAAUUCAUUCCAGUUAGGUGAUGCGGGGCUUGUAUGUUUGAUAAUCAUUUGCUUGUACAGUCUUUCCUUUUGUACACCAUAACAAUGAGUUGUGAUAAUAAAAUGAUAUUUUUAACUAUGCAUACUACCCAG